AUGGACUCAGCAGAAGAGCGGCCCACGCUGCAGGAGACGCUAAACUUACUGCAUCAAGCAUCUAGAACAACUGCAAAGCAACGGACAGUCAAGGUCUCAAGCAUAGUCGAUGUCAUCUGCCGUUACGCCUCGGAUGAUGGCCUUGACCAGGAUGCUCUGCGAGACAUAGUGCAGCUCGCGUCGGUGAAGACCCUGCUAGACCAAACCACCAUCACGACUUUGAUCAAGAACUUGUACCCGUCUCAAAAGGUUCCAGGCGAUGUUGUCAUUACUAUUGUUGGUGCGCUUGGGCAGGGCAAAGGCAAGCCUUCGCCCGGUACACAAGACAGUCUUGUGAAAUGGCUCAUCGCAAUUCAUGAGGUCGUGGAGGAUUCGAGCGUCUUGUCCCGCCUAUAUGGUGUGCUGUUUGGUAUGCUCGACAUGAUCAGUAUCAGACUAGAGCUGUCUCGCGGUCUCGGCAACGAGCCUGCGCUCCAAGGUCUCCUCCGUGUCUACAAGGAUUACUAUCCCGAUAUCAUACUCGGAAGCACUUCCACAAGCCGAAAGUCGUUCGCUCCGCGACCUGAUGCCGAAUGGCAAGCCAGGAUCGUUGCCAUCCAAGAAGCUAGUGUGGCGGAAGACGACUCGAAUGUAGAUGGGCAGAACGGUUUCAAGGUGCUACGAAGAAGGCUCAAAGGCAGCAAAGGAUCGGCGAUUCCGGACGUGCAUACCUACCGUGCGACCGAGAGCUCAGCAACCCUCGAGGGUAUCGACAGUGUUGACGAUUUCGUGGAAAAGCUCGAUAGAAUAGAGCCGCCAGGCCAGCUGAUAGCGCUUCUCGUGGAUCCUUUGCUCCAGAAGUACGUUGAUCUUAAGCCGUCACCAAUAACAGCAGGUCGAUUAGGAAAUUGGCUCGCGACGUGCUUGGAAGAGCAAUUCGAGGAGCACCAGCAAGGCACUGGAAACGAGCAGUACCUAUAUGAAGUUCUCGAUGGGCUUCUGAGGUACGUUCAGUACACGAACUCACUCCAUCCUACAGUACUGGCGUUUCUUCGUGAAUACCUGCCGAUAUGGGAUGGCCAGCAAGAUCUCGAUUCUUUGUUAGGACUGGUCUCUUAUAUCCCGAUUGAAGUAUUUGAAGACGCCCACACAACCUACCUGUCCCCUGUCGAACGAGCCCUAGCAGCUCAUGGCCUUAUCGCGUACACAAAGCUCGUCGACUUCUACACAGCUCUACUGCAGCACCAAAUAACCCACACAGCGUCCGGAGCUGCCGACCAAAGAGAGAUUCGACAGGAAGUCUUAAGCGACCUAAUCGAGCAUGUAGCCACCUUGUUCACUUCGGCUCUCGUCUCCAUCCCACCAGGUUCCAGCACCACCCUCACAUCAUCGAUCCUCUCGUUCUACGAACUCCUCAGCACCUCCUCGAAACCACACGUCAUCCCAAUACAUCUGCCACCGAUGCAUCUCGUCUACCUGCUCUCUCAGGACGCAUCUUCAACGACGCUUUCUCGUAUCUGCGGCAUCAUCGGCUCUUACAAGCUGGCUUUUGAUGCGCACCCCAAGCCGGUCAAGACAUACUAUCCUGCGGAAGUCACAGAUGCGUUCAAUUGGUGUCUGCGCGACAUGUAUAAUCUAGUGUGGGUUUCCCGUGGUCUUCUCGUUCAGGACCAAAAGUCGAAGGGGUUGUACUGCGAUCCGAUACUGAGGGGGACACUGAACGAGUAUCUACGGAGAGUAGAUCGUGGAUACACUAUCGGGGCUGCGUUCACGUUGUCGUACAACGCGUGGUUGGCUUCGCUCUCUGCCGCGGCGUGGCGUGCGGUCGAGAAGAGGGAGGUUGAUAAAACGGGUGAGAAGAAUGUUACACGGUAUCACGACGGGCCUGUUACGGAAAAGAGUCUGGAGGUACUUAAGAGCAAAGGCGGCGUUGACGUCGAUUGGGAGGGCGCGGAUGGAUACAAGGUUAUGGUGCUGCAGUGGCUGACUGAGAGGGGGUUGGGUGGGAUUAGGGAUUUGAUGUUCGCUACCGUUAUCAACUUGAAGGGUACCGCCUGA